AGUGUUCAUCGUCAUCAGACCCGCUUCAGAUGCAGCGCCGGCACGAUCCCGAACUCUAGCUUCACCCGAUCCCUAGAUUCAGCCGCUUCUCAACUCCGAACAAGCUCAACAUGCCAAUCUUUGGAACGAUCGGAGCCAGGAUCGUCCAGAUGCACUACCAGGACCUACCAAUCUAGUUUGCAGAAUCGCAUCUCAUGCCAGAUCUUGUUGUCUGUGCAGAAAGUCUUCUUAUCGGAGUUUUACCAUGGUGGGCCAUAUUAAAGUCAUGGCGCAAACGCAUUCGUCUUUUUCAUGUCUCGCGAAAGCUCUGUCGACUUGUUGCCAGCUCCAUUUUCUCAUCUCUGUGAAGUGAAAGACUCACGCCAUGGCCACUCCAAAUGCUUCACGACCUGUUUCCUGGUCGGAUACGACAGCAGCAUCAACAAGGCCACCAAGUCCCGUCAAUGUCGAAAAGCUUCCUGGUAGAAGUCGUCAGCCAUCCACUGAGGUGGGCUUGAAGUCAGAUUCUGAUCCUGAGAAAGGACCUCAGCCGUGUUCAAAUCAAGAUGCAACACCAAUCGCUGAUGGGGCUUCAUCGCAAGUUCGCCCUGCGACUCUCGACUGGGACGGCCCUGACGACCCUUUGAACCCUCAUAACUGGAGUGCAGCCAGGAAGUGGUAUCAGACAUACACGAUCUCCGGUGUUGCGCUUGUGGGGACAUUCGCAUCGUCCGUCUUCACACCGGCCAUCGAACAAGCAGCGACAGAGCUGGGCUCGACGCAACUUAUCGCGACAUUUGCAUACUCGAUAUAUGCCCUCGGACUAGCUUUUGGUGGACCGUUCGCUGCUCCUCUUAGUGAAACUUUUGGAAGACGACCCCUCAUCUUCAUCAGCUUGCCUAUCUUUGCGCUUUUCAUCCUAGGCACAGGUUUCGUGCAAAGUAUGGCGAGUCUGGUGGUGCUGAGAUUCUGGGCUGGCUUCUUCGCUGCGCCUAGUCUGAGUAUGGGGUCAGGUACGUUGAGCGAUAUCUGGCCGCCUGAGAAGCGCUCUGGUCCGAUGUCGCUUUACGUCGCAACACCAUUCUUUGGCCCAGCAUUAGGACCAAUCCUGGGUGCUGUCGUAACCCAAACACGUGGCUGGCGCUGGACGUCAUGGUUGAUACUCUUCUUCACCAUCAUUCUCGUCAUUGCACCAGCGCCAUUCUUCCGUGAGUCGUACAAACCCGUCCUCCUACGUCGCCGCGCGAAGAAACGCAAUCUUCCGCUCCCAAGAUCACCAACCGAAGGCAUGUCGUUGCCGAAGGUCGUCAGCACCUAUGCCACCAAAACUCUCACUCGGCCCAUGCACAUGCUGCUCACGGAGCCGAUUGUGGCAACAUUCAACACGUACUCUGCUUUCAACUUUGGCUUGCUGUACGCCUUCUUCGCCGCUUUCCCUUAUGUGUUCGAGACAGAGUAUGGGUUCGAUAGCAUAUCCACAGGUCUUACAUUCCUCAGUCUGGGUGUCGGUGUCAUUGUAGCUACCGUUUGCAUUGUAUCGUUCAGCAAACUUUUCUACCUGCCUCGCGUGCGGAAGGCGGUUGCAGAGAAGAGGCCAGCUCCGGCCUUUGCAACAUCACGGCUGGCGCCUGAAAAGCGCUUGCCGCUUGCAUUCGCUGGUGGGCCCAUUCUCACUAUCGGCUUGUUCCUCUUUGGCUGGUCUGCAGCCUACCGUGUACAUUGGAUUGUGCCAACCAUUGCCGAAGCCUUCUUCGGCAUGGGCAAUAUGCUUAUCUUCAUGGCAUGCAUGAUGUAUAUUACUGAUGCGUACGGACCACUGUACAGUGCCAGUGCCAUGGCCUCGAAUGCCAUAUUGCGGUACGUACUUGGUGGAACCUUUCCCCUCUUUGCAGUCCAGAUGUUUCGAAGACUGGGCCCCCAGUGGGCUUGUACAUUGCUCGGCUGUUUGAGCAUCCUGGGUGCGUGUAUACCGUUUGUCUUGGCUAGGUAUGGUGAGGCUCUAAGAAGCAGGAGCGGAUAUAAAAGAAGUGGGUAGUUUGGGCAAGUGUGGGACAUAUCAAUCUUAAUUUCUCCAUGUGGUGUCGUGCGUCCUCUGACAUGUGAUAUGCUCUUGUGCCGUCCGUCGAUUUCGCCUAGAAAAUCAACGCCGCCGUUCUUUGACACAUUCGUGAGUUUUCUCACCUUGGUCUGAAGCUCGCCGUUGAUGAGUACGUGCGGGCGUGGUCGUCCUUGACGUUAACCCUUGUCACCGGCCAAAUAAUCUUUCUGUCGAGUACAAAGAUGAAAGAAAAAGCGUACUUGGC